UGGUAGCAAUCGGAAAUAUUUGGCAUAAAGGUUGUAAACAUUAGAGUGCCAACUUACACGUCAACGUUUCUGUCGGGAAAAUUGAAGAUGUCUUCAGUCGGGCAGUGGGAACUGGUUGUCAACAAGUCCAAUCGCAAUAAACAAAUCAAUGAUGGAAAGAUAAACAGAGGACAGAAGAAAAAGAUGGAUCAUAUGCCUAAAUUAGACGAAGUUUCUCCUAUAAAAGAGAGUCAAACUAUAUUUAAGACCUUGUUAGAUCAAGGGAAAAAGAAGGAACCACAAAGUAUAAAACAGAAUGGAAUUUCGGAUAAUAAGAAUAAAAAAGUUACACAACAGAAGAAAAAAGGCCAAACAAAGAAAACUCAACAAAAACUGGUCACAUUAGAUGAUGCCAUUGAACAGCUGAGUAUUUCACAAAUACAGAAUUUGCUGGAUGAGGUACAAACUAGAUAUCCUGAAACUCCAUCUAUUUGGCUCAAAGACUUAGCAUCAUUCUUUAAUGUGAAACUUAAUGUAGAAAUGAAUGAUGUAAUUUUCAGUGACAAAAGUGCUGGUUAUCCUUUAUGUAUAAUCUCUCCAGCAAUAAAAGAAAUUUUGGUAAAAACAAUGAAUCAGUGUUCUACUUCAGUUCUUAAACAUUUUUUUGAACACUGUAUUAUUUCUAUGGGUCAGGAUAUGGUAAAAGGUAGUACAAUCAAAUUUUACAUUUAAUAAUCUCUCAAAUUUAAUUAUAAUAAUACU